CCAGAUGUAGGUAAUUGGGUAAUUUAUCUGGAUGGCAGUAUUCAGCUAUAUGUAAUGAGUAGGUAAAUUUCUAUCCUCCCUUCCUUAGCAGCUCAGAAUGAAGUUCUUGGAGUAUCAGUCAAAUAUAACAGAGCUGAACGUCUGAUUAGUCCAUUAGAGACCAUCUCUUGCCUGGGCAGCUGGACCUUAAUCAGAUUUUGUCAGUUCAAACCUAUUCCACUGAAAUGUACCACAGACUGAUGGUAAAUGCAAACAAUGGAACAAGCAUUUACAAGUCCUUUCAGCCCCAUACCCUGUAUAAUGAAAACAUGUAUAAGGAGGUCAGCAUGAAUGAGCUGGUGAUUGGGCAAUCCAUUGUCAUGCUGAAGAAGGGUGAUAUAACUGAGGAGAGUACAGAUGCCAUAGUAAACAUCAAUAAUUAUUCUCUGGUCCAAAACUUUGGGGUAUCCAAAGACAUUUUGGCAGCUGCUGGGGACAUUGUUAAAGGAGAAUGCUCUCGAUUGGGCCAACAACCUCAUGGUGAUGUUGUUGAGACUGGAGCAGGGAAUCUGAAUUGUAGUAGAAUAAUUCACUUGAUUGGUGCCACAACCUGGGACAGUAUUAUGGCUGGAGUGAAGAAGAUUCUGGAAAAAUGUGACCAACUUGAUCUAAUAAGUGUUGCUUUUCCAGCACUUGGCACAGGUACAGGGGGCAUUUCAGCAAAGCGAUCCAUGGAGGCAAUUCUGACUGCCAUAGAGGAAUAUCUGUCAAGAUCCACCACAAGUUCCUUCCUAAUCUAUAUCGUGGCUUUUACUCAACAUGUCUACCAAGAAUAUUUAAAUGUUUUUGAGAGCAGAAUGUUCUCCCUCAAGAAACUAACCCUACAUGACCCAAUAUAUGGGAGCAUUGUGGAAAUAAUAAGAGAAGAUAUAACCACACUUAAUGUUGACUGUAUUGUGAAUUUAAAUAACGCAACACUAGAUCGGAUUAAAGGUGUUUCUGGGCCAAUCUUGUCAGCAGCUGGAGCAAAUGUGAAAAAUGAGUGUAAAACAAUGGGUGGAAUAAGACCAGGAAAGAUGAUACUGACAAGUGGGGGAAAUUUAAGAUGCAAGAAAAUCCUGCACCUGAUUGGUCCCACAAGAGCAGCUGAUAUAGCGUUGUCAUUGGAUCAGAUACUACAGGAAUGUGAAAAAUAUGCUCUCACAACCAUUGCACUGCCAGUCAUUGGAACAGGAGAAGCAAGCAUUGAUCCCAACGAUGCCAUACAAGAAAUGUUGGAAGGCCUUAACCAGUAUUUUCAGAUUGCUGUAUUCACCAGCAUCAAGAAGAUAUACAUCAUUGCAUUUACAGAGGAGAUUUACCAAAUAUUUCAAAUCAAAAUAUCUCACUUACAGGCUACAGACAUGAAUUUAGGAUUCAACGUAGUAGAAGCAGCAAAUAACCCACCAACAUGGACAGCCAUGGGCACAAGCGAAUACUUGAUCGUUGAACUUCCUAGGGAUUCUACUGAAUUUAAGACAAUUGAAAAUGAUUUCUUAAAUUCAGCUAAACCCUUGUGCUCUCAGGUGAUUAAGAUCAAAAGGGUUCAGAAUGUGAAACUGUGGAGAAUAUUUGAGGUACAAAAGGAGUAUGUUCAAUCAUGUCAUCCCAACCAGCAAAACCACAGAUGUCUUUAUCAUGGUUCCUCUGAGGGAACAGUUGCAAAGAUCAGCAAAUUUGGUUUUAACAGGAGUUUCUGUGGCAGAAAUGCUACACGCUAUGGGAAAGGAACUUACUUUGCGAAACAUGCAUCAUAUUCUUGUGAUGACUUGUACUCUGUUCCUGAUGAAAAUAGACACAAACAUAUCAUCUUGGCAUCUGUGAUAACUGGAAAGUGGUGUUUGGGAAAAAGACAUUAUUUGGAACCACCACCAAUGGAAGACAACCCAAACCUACUCUACAACUGUGUAGUCGAUCAUGUCAGCAACCCAGAUAUCUUUGUCAUCUUCUCUGAUUAUGGUGCCUACCCGGAAUACUUAAUCACAUGUAGAUAGAUCCAGUUCCAAAUGAGCUGAAGGUUGUCUGUUACUUACUGCCACUGUACUUUUUAUGCUUAACUAAAGAAGCUGCCCAUUGGAGGAACGGAGAAACCAAGUCUAUGCUAGAAGGGGUGUUUGGGGUUCUAUGUGCAGGGCUGGAAUAUAUUAUCUACAUUAGCUGUACUAGACUGGCCCACUGUGUGAAGACCCUGGGUUCCCUGAAUGUCCGCUCUUGCCAUGAACAUGCACUUAUGCCAUGAACAUGCACUUAUUUCUGUCACUUAUUUGUGCUUGCAUUGUGUUAUAUUCACUACCACCUAUGCACUGAUUAAAUGUUAACAUUCUUCUA